AUGACAGAAAUGGACGCCCCUCUCUCCACCCCGUGCAACAUCCAGAUUUGUGAAGUGACCUGCGACUCCUUCCGCAUCAUGUGGGACAUGACCCCUGAGGACACUGCCAGGGCCACACACUUCUUCAUUGACCUGAGCCGCAAAGAGAGCAAGGACCCCAACCGCUUUAAACACAGGGAUGUGCCAACCAAGCUGGUGGCCAAGGCUGUGUCUCUCCCCAUGGCGGUGAGGGGACACUGGUUCCUCAGCCCGCGAACUGAGUACUGUGUUGCUGUUCAAACUGCUGUUCGACAGCCAGAUGGCGACUACCUGGUGUCCGAGUGGAGCCAGGUGGUGGAGUUCUGCACUGGAGACUAUGCCAUGGAACAUCUACAGCAGCUUCUUGACAAGGCCACAGGCUCUGCCGGGAGGCUGCUGAAAUUCUCGGUGUUUUAUCGGAACCAGCACCCAGACUACUUUGACUACGUCAGGAGGGAAUGUGGAGGACUGAUGCGUCCAGCCCUGAAAGACAGCAGCGGGAGUCAUGGUUCUCCUAUCAAUGGCAAACUGCAGGGAGUCUUCUUUAGCUGCAACACAGAGUUUGAUACAGGCCUCCCUCCGAAAGACUCCCCGUACGGCCCCUUGCGUUUCCAGAUCCCAGCUGGACACCUGCUGAACCCCAACAUCUGCCUGUACUUUGCAGACUUCUACUGUAUGUACACAGCCUACCACUAUGUGGUGCUGGUGCCGGCCCCUGUUGGCUCAGAGGGAGAUACCUUCUGCCGCACCCGCCUCCCUAUGCUGGACUUGGCCUCCAACCCCUUCCUGACAUACACUGCCCCCCAGAGGCCAGGGGAGGAGCCUCUGUACUGCCAUGCCAGUGACGUCAUCCUCGAGGUGCUUUUUACAGAGCCGGUUCAUCUGGAUCAUGGCAGUGUGGAGCAGAUCAGCGGGCACCACCAGCUUAUGAGUCUGACCACAGCCAAUGCCAAGAAAGACCCAAGCUGCAAAGUGUGCAACAUCAGUGUGGGACGCUGA